AUGCUCGGACGUACCGUUUUCGCCGCGACCUUCUUCGCGCUCGCUCAGUUCGCCAUGGCUAGCCCCCCUGGCUGCCUCCUCGGUGCUGUCAACCAGUACGAGGACCCGUCCGACAUCAAGGCUGUCUGCAAGUCCAAGGACCUGAGCUCAAAGGUGGCGGAGCUUUGCGGCAACGACGCCGAGGCUGCCAUGGAGGCGAUCGCGGACAUUUGCAACGACGUGGAUGUUGAUGUUUCAACUGCCAUCUCCUCCGCCUCCGGCUCAAAGACUGCUACCGGUUCAUCCCACAAGCCCACCGGCACCUCUGGCUCUACCCUCGUCUCUAUGUACCCUACCGGCUCGAACGGACAAGGAAGCAGCAACGGCACUGUCCCCGCUGCCACUGGAGGACCCAAGCCCUCUGGCAGCGCGACUGGCUCUGGCGGUCUCCCCGAGGCCACCGGUGCUGCUGGCAAAGUCGAGUUCGGCCUUGCCGCUGUUGUUGCUGGUUUGAUGGUCGCUGCUUUGUAA